GAUGGCACGGAGCCGUUGAGUAUGGAGGUGGGGUGGGAUGAUGGAUGUGGAGAUGGGAUGGUGCCAUGAGCACCACGAAGGGGCAGCUGCACUGAAGCUGCCGUACAGCACUGUGCCUCCAGCAGUGCGGCUGCAGCGCUGGGGCAGUGCCUCUCCCAGCAUUACGGUUCAUCACAAAUACCAGCAGUGAGCCUUUACUUGGUGCCUUGCAUCCCACAGGAUCCCGGGGCACGCCGCAUCCAUUAAGACUCUGCUUCAUGCACUAUUUUUCGGUGCUCCAUGGGGAGCACCACCCCGGGGCUGUGCUCUGGGUGCUGCAGAGCGGGUUGCUGCUCCACCGGGAUGCGCUGCGGGUAAUCCCUCGUCCUUGAGCGCCCGGGGUCAAGCCUGCCGUGCUGGAUGGCUGCAAAUUGAUUUGCAUCAGCUCAGCAUCGCGCCGAGAUCGAUGCCGGCGGGAGGGAAUGAAUGCAGCAGUCGGCAUGCAGACACUGCGUGUGCUGGGCUGUGUGCAGGGAGCUGCUCAGCACCCCGACGUGCUGAGGAUGGAGCGCCCAGACUGGGAGCACGGCGUGUCCCCACGUUGCACAGCCACAGAUCCCACAGCAAGGAUGGUGGUCGCAUUCUCCAUCGGUGCCAUGCAGAGCAUCGCACCCAGAGGGCUGCCCGGCUCUGUCGCCGCAGGUGUAAAGCUCAGAGCGAGGGGGUCCUGCCCUGCAGGGUGCAGAAGGCUCCCGGUCGGUGCCUGCAGGCAGUGCCCCGGGCUGGUGGUGCCCUGUGUGUGCCAGGGAGCCGACUCCGUGCGUGUCGUUAGCAGCGUUUCUCCUGUACUAAAAAAAGCACGGAUUUAAUUGUUUCCUGCUGGAGUUGAAAGGCGGCUCCCGGCACCGAAAUAGCGCAGAGGGGGAAGCACAGCCCAGAGCUGCACCAGGUCCUCCUCCUCCUCCUCCCCCUGCUGCCCGCAGCAGCACCUGGCAGGCCGGUACCUGCGAUCCCCUCCGUGACCCCCAAAAUGCCCUCAUAAUCCAUCUCGUGCCACAGCCCCCCAUGCCCCCAGUCUGCUGCUGAGCAUCCCCACGCCCUUCUCCCUGUGCUGCCCACACAGCCCCCAGCCGACCCACUGCUGUGACAUUGCAGCCCCCCUGCCCCCCCCUCUCCAGACCCCCUGCAGCCCCCCAGCCGCUCUGUGCCUUUUGCCAGGCGCGCUGCAAAUCCCUCUGAUGGAAACCCGUUUUCUUUUAUUUGCCUUCCGAGGUAAUUGGCAUCUCUUGGUGUGCUGGGCUCUCUAUUUUUAUCAGCUGUUUGCACAUUGACACAUCCCCGCUCCGCCUCGUUAUCCCGGCGCGUUUCAGCCCUCUUGCUUUUCUAUUAUUACUAUUUGGAUGCACGAGGCGAGGGAAAUGACAAUCGGGGUGCUGGCAGCAGGUUCCCUGCUCACGUGCUCCCACGGGGGAUAUGAUGGGAUUCUCCAUGCCCACGCUGUGCCACAGCCAUGCCCACAUCUCACUCCAUCCCACGUGCUCUGCACGGUUUGGGCGCUGGCAGGACAACGGCCCCUUUGCCCACGGCGUCCCAGCAGGCAUGGGGAGAGCCCAGGAAGGUGCUUGCAGGCCUGGAACUCACUUCUGGGUUACAGAGAAGGAGGUGCAGCAGUGGUACAAGGGCUUUAUCAAGGACUGCCCCAGUGGGCAGCUCGAUGCUGCCGGCUUCCAAAAGAUCUACAAGCAGUUCUUCCCCUUUGGUGACCCAACCAAAUUCGCCACCUUCGUGUUCAAUGUCUUUGAUGAGAACAAGGACGGGAGGAUUGAGUUCUCAGAGUUCAUCCAGGCGCUGUCUGUCACCUCCCGAGGGACGCUGGAUGAGAAGCUGAGGUGGGCGUUUAAGCUGUACGAUUUGGACAACGACGGCUACAUCACGAGGAACGAGAUGCUGGACAUUGUGGACGCCAUCUACCAGAUGGUGGGAAACACUGUGGAGCUUCCCGAGGAGGAAAACACACCAGAGAAGAGGGUGGAUCGGAUUUUUGCCAUGAUGGACAAGAACGCAGAUGGGAAGCUGACGCUGCAGGAGUUCCAGGAGGGCUCCAAGGCCGACCCCUCUAUUGUGCAAGCCCUCUCCCUCUACGAUGGGCUCGUAUAGUCCCAGGGCCGAGCGGCGCUUAUGGGGAAGACGCUCUCUGUGCCAUCCGACCACGCAGCGAUGCUUGCCUGCCCCUCUCCGGCCCUCCUCCAUGUCCCACGAGCCAAGGAUGCAGCGCAGCGCCAGCUCACGCCCCGAACCAACGCCGGUGCCAUUUGCCAACUUCUGCUUUUUUCCAACAAAAAACAAAAACCAUCCAAAAAAGACCACGGUCUGAGCAGCAGCAAACACCCAAAACUUGGGGGCUGAGGGAACGGCACCGAAGGCAGAGCCCCCCCUGGCCCCGAGCCCCUCUGCUCCUCAUUCCUACAGUCUGGGGUCGGACUGCGGAUGCGCCUCUCCGGGAUGCAGCUGGGGAUGGAGCCCACAGGGGCUAUAGGGAUAUAUAUAUAUAUUAUUAAUAUUAUUAAUAUUAUUAAUAUUAUUAUUAUUAUUUUGGUGAGACAGUAUUGUGCUUUUUUUUUUUUUUUUUUUUUUGUCCAUUCGGUGGAAAGAAGGGAGGCUUUUUUUUACACGUCUGCCGACGACGGAUACCUUUAUUUAUUUGUUGUAACCAUUGCUGCCGUUUUGUCUGCCAUGUGUGUGUCCCACACCUCGCUGAUGGCAUCUGUCCCGUUUACAUCCCCACACACGACUGCAGGGCACCAGGAGCCUGCAAUAACCAAGCCAAAAAAUCCCCUCCACCCGCUGUUUGCCGUGCACUGGAAGGGACUCUGCACUUCUUUUACUUCUUUCCCUCUCCCCGUAGCCCCAUUCCUGCAUUUUUCUCUCUCUCUUUCCCCUCUCCUGCCCAACCAGGGUUGCUCAGCCCCAUCCCUCCUCUCUGUUUCCAUUCCUUUCCCCAGCCUCUCUCCCCAUCGGGCAAGACGAGGAGGCAGCCGGUGCUGGAGCAUUCUCCUUUGUGGCUUUUCAUUUUCUUACUGCAUGAAAAGUAUUAAUGGAGCUGAGCGUUGGGUUUUGCUUUCAAGCCAAUUCCCUUGUUGGUGUUUUUGGGAAAGGUGGGAAGGUGCAUUUCCUCCAUUGGCAGAGCAGGGGCAGCCAUGCAGGGCAGUGGGUUGGGGGUCGCCCCAUUGCUUCCUAUUGAGGACGUGGGAAGUUGUGCUGGAAACCAAGAGCGGAGUCAGUGUGCACCCACACUCCUCCCUGCAGGAAGGUGAAGGGCUGGAAGAGGGCACCCACCUGCAUGGGACACCUCACAGCAUCAGAUGCCAUCCCUGCUGGUUCCACCCACUGCUGAAGAAGGAGAGAUCUGGGAGCAGUGUGCAACGUGCUCCUGUCCUGCUGCAUUUUGCUCCUGGCCCAGCAGUAUCCCCACCCCCUUCAUCCAUCCCAGGCACUGCUGACGAUGGCAGCAAUUGGUGCUCAUCACACAGCUCUCAGCCACAGAGAUGUCCCCAGGAGGUGACAGCUGGACACACAGGAUGUUCUGAGGGAUGCUCCCACCGCUCACAAACGGCAGCAGUGUCCCUAUGGGGCUGAAUCUUACAUUCACAUGUCACGAUGACCUGGAGCUGUGGGGCUGUGGAUGCUUUCUCUGCCCUGCUGACAUUUGGGAUCCUGCACCUUUGGGAAGCCAGCACUUUGUGAUGCUUUCACACGCCUUUAUUGAGACACUUCUCCCCGUCCCCAAAGAGACAUCAUGUCUGCUGCCACCAGGAGCCCCCCAGGACGGUUCUGCCCCAGUGUCUCAGUGCUGGGUGUCCCAGAAGGCAUCACUCUCUCCUUCCCCCCAAAACCUCCCUUCUCGAUGCUUUGUGGCCAAAACACGUCUCUGUUGGGUAGAUCUUUGCAGUGACUCAGACUCCACCACCUUCCAUCUGCUGGAUGGGUGCCCUCCUGGUGCCAGGCAUUGCUCUGAUGGCACCGCUGGAGCUGCACUGGGACGCCCCAUUAGAAGUAACACCAGACAGAUGCAGAUGUUUGCUCUGCCACUUUGGCCUGGAAGGCUUUGGGGUUCUUUUCUCCUUGUACAUUUCUUCCCAUGGGGCUCCUGCCUUGGGCGCAUCGAGGGGCCUCAUAUCCUCCAUCAGCAUCGCUGAGACCCACAGCUCCUGGUGCCAAUGGAAGUAUGGCUUGAAGCUUCUCACGCUUGGGAAUGUCAGCCUUCACCUCCUCGUGCCUCAGUUUCCCCAUCGGUGACCGCAGUGUUCUCCCACCAUUUGUCCAUCAGUGUUGCCUGGUUAUAAGCAGUGUCUGUAUUUCCUUUCCAUUCUCUGUUCACGUGCUGUUGCUGCCCUGCAGCUGCCGUUCCCUGGGUCCCUCCGUUCCUUUUGGGGUCAGAGUUCCCCCAGGGGAGGCAGUGCUGCAGGAACCCCGGGCUGAGGAGCAGCAGAGCUGCAUUCAUGGAGGUGAAGCUGUCUGUGCUCCUGUGCCGGUGUCUCAGCUUGCAUGCCCCGCUGCCUUGUCUUGAGAUGAAUCCAAGAGCAAACCAAGCAAACCGACCCGUUUAAGAACGGAACAAACAAACAAAUAGAAACAAACCCAGGAACUUUGUGGCGGUGGAAAUAAAAGCUUCAUGAUGGUA